AUGCGGGAAGAUAACGAAGAUGAAGAGGAAACGAAGUGCAGGUCCCUCACCACAGUGCUGAAAAGGGUUGGCCUAGCAGAAACAGGAGAUCUUCUUAUGGUGCCACUGAUUGGAUACAGAAGUGUUUGUGAAAUCAUGGUGCUGACUUCACAGGAAGUUGUGAUCGUGUUCAGUGUGAAAAAG